AUGGCCAUCCCGCUGCACCCGCGCCGCGCCAGCGCCUACUUCCAUAUGCUUGUUGGCGAAGCCAAGGAUCUGCCCAUGCGCGUCGCCGCCUUCCAACGGUUCUACCUCACAAGUCUUGUCGCGUGCAAGCAAGGCGCUGCGCUGCGCACCGAUUCGUCCUCUGCCCAAGCAACCGAGCUUCUGCGCCUCUCGACCGACGGCGCCGUCCUUCACAUGGGCGACGACGCGCUUCUGACGCGAGCUCUCGUGCACAUCACCGUCGGCACCGAUCCAUACAGCCACGAUCUCACGUUUACGCUCGCAUUCCAGAAUGCUCCAGAGCGAACCUUUGGCGUCGACGACCCUGCGACCUUGAUGACGUGGGUUCUCGGGCUCAUUGGCACCGCGACGGCCCUUACGCAGACUGCGACGUCGCUUCUUUGGCAAGGCGCGCGACUGCGCAUCUACGAGGCCUCGAAGGACGACGCGUCCGCUUUUGUGUCGGCCGUGGCGGCCGCCCACGCCAUGCUCGUGUCGCUGCAGCAGAAAGAUCCGAGCAUUCCAUUAGCCGACUGUCUCUACCUUCGCUCGACAAUGUAUUCGUAG